ACCAAAUGGGCAGAAUGGUUUAUACGUGUCUGUUGGUUUUCCAAAAAAAGGAAAAGGAAAAAGAAAAAGAAGUUUUAAAUUUUUAAACAAGAAAUACACCACAUGGAAGGGGUAUGUGGUAGGAUCAUUCCCUCCCUGACUUGUCUCCCUCAAGCCAGUUUUUUAAAGCAAACCAAAUAACCACUUACUUUUUUCUGUAUAUGACGAAAAUGUGAACACCUUUUAAGGAAAAAGAAAAAAAACUAAACCAAAAACAAAACAAAAAACCAACAACAACAAAACAAAACUAACAACAACAACAAAACAAAAAAACAAAACAAACAAAAAAAAAAAAAAACGCCACCGCAAACUUGUAUCUGUUCAAAGCGAAUGCAAGCCUGCCACCUGGAGGACUGACUGCAGCCCUUCAGGGACUAAGUGCUGAUCACUGCAAACCCUUAUUAACCAAAGUCGGAAACACUGCAAACGCUGUUGCUUGUCUACUGGCCUCCGCGUGUAAAGCUGUGUUAGGAAUUUUUACGUUUGUACCAACAGAAAAGUAGGAAGCCUGCUUUCUCCCGUCUUUCUCACCUGUUGUCUCUGCCACCGGGAUGGAUGCCACUGUCAAAAUCAUCCUGUAUGGCUCACUCUCUAUCAAUCUGCUUCUUAGCAGAUGACGUAGCUUCUCCUUCCCCCUGAAUUGUGUUGUUUCCUUUUUGUUUUGUUUUGUUUUCUUUUAGGCAGGUGGUGGGGUGGAGAAACAACCUGGAAUGUGUGCCAAAGCAUUCAUGGCUUUCUUCUAUGAGUUGUAGGUUUAAGGGGGGAAAAAAAUGGAGCUCACACCUCCCUUCUUCCCCUAUUUCUCCAUCUUCCUUUCAUGUGGCUCCUGAGAUCUUCUGGAAGAUAGCAGAAGUGGGAAGAAAGUUUCCUUCCCACUCCAAUCCUGCAGAAAUGUAAGCAAGACUCCAAAAUAACUAGGGAUGACCGCUGGAUGACUGUCAACACUGGCAGGGGCUGUCAUUGCGCUCUCUAUCCACACCAGAGAUUGGGAUCUUUUUCUCCAUCUACUAGCCACAUGUGUGGAAAUCUGAUCAAAACUAAUUCUGUAAUAUAAACAUAAGUUGCACAUGUGGUUCAAUACUUACAUCUGUGUUAUGCUUCUGUUCAAAGCAAUCUUUCUCAGAAGUCUGAUAGCCAAAGAAAUGACUCAAGGUUUCAGUCAAAACACACACACACACACACACACACACACACACACAUACACACACACAAGCAUGUCCAUACUCAUCCACCUCGUACAAAGAGAGAGGCCACAAAGAAAAUGAUAGUGACCUAGAUUGUUAGAGGCUGUCAAGGGUCCUGUUAAUCUCACCUUUUUCUGCUACUUCUUUCAUCAGAAAGUGUUGGUAGACAUUCGGAGCUGGAGGACAACUGUUCUUGGGAUAUAUAAAUUGGAUAGAAAUGUGACAGGCAAAUUUAAGCCAUUGGAAUUGGGCUCUGGCCUCCUGACUAGAAAAAAGUUUUAGCACAGGCUCUCCAAUAAAGGAAAAUAUGCAGAUGUAGCUCAUAAAACACAGCAGAAGAGCCUUCACUGUCACCAUAUUAAUUCAUAUUAGUUCCCCAAGCCAUGGGCCAUGAAACCCAAGAAGGCCACAGAGCCAAAUAAGGGUGACGGAUGGCAGGACAAGGGAACCCCUGGAGCCUGCAGAUGUUUUCACCCAGAUGAAGGCAGAGGGUUCCAUCAAAGCGGGUGAAAUAGGACCAUCAAUGUGCUUGUUGUCAAAAUGUAAAUAUUCAUGAGUAACUAAAAAGCAUGCUCAUGUACUGUCUAGAGGCAAAUCAUGAAAGGGAAAGAGAAACCCCACCUCACGACGCCCAGUUGAUUACAAAGACCAUCUCCUCCCCGUAGCACACUCCUCCCACCCCGGGGUUCUAGCUUUUUGUUCUGUUGGCUCCUUUGCUGGUUAUGAAAAUGGAACGAUGUAAUAGUCCCUUCAGGUGGCUCAAUCAGCAAUCAUAAAACUCCCAACAAGGAAACUCAGUAACAAUAGUCCUAGAAGUACAAAGAGUCAUUGAUAAAGGUGUUUCCGUGCCACCAGUCUGAUGCUAACUGGACCACAUCCACCCUGAUCAGUGCCAACACCACCAUGGUAGCAUUUCACUGCAAAACCGCACAGAUACCAGCAACCCAGAAACCGAAACCUUAUUGAUUAAAACAGAUUUUGUAUUCUCCUAGGACCUGCUCCAAAUUCCAUCAAGAAAAGCUCCCCAAGAAGAGACGUUAACAAGAUAACAUGUGACGGAUGCUAAAUGUUUAAAUCAGAGCCGGCAGCAGGCACGUGUGGCUGCUCAGUUCUGACGCCUAUAAUUGGGAGAGCCUAACUAGAGUAGUGAAAAUAUAAAAUAAGAGUAACUACCUGGAGCAGAGCAAAAAAAGAAAAGAAUUCAUCCCAUGGUUGUAAAACUAUUCAUGUGCAGUGAUUUUUUUAUAGUUUUAUAAUUUUGUAUUGUUUUAUAAAUUAUUUAUAUAGUGUUGUAAUGCUUCUUAUAUUGAUUUUUUUACUGAUAAAUUUUUUGCUACAAGGCAAAAAAGAUGCCUGAACAGAUUCUUAGGAAUAUAAACUGUACUUGGGAACACAUAAGCCUUCAGGAACUGCACUUACUGCUUAAUUUUAUUAGACAUUUAUUAUUUCCUCUGGUAAACACUUUCAUAUGCCAAUAGCAUCUAAGUGUCUUUUGGGUUUUCAUGAACUGAAGGUUAAGGUUAAGGUUGCCACCAACAAAAAGUAAAAGCCACUUUGGGCGUAUGUGAUUGUAUUUCAAGCUUCUGCGUCUUUCUCACACAUUGUUUAAAUUGUUGUCAUCUUCAUUUUCUUCAUUAUUGAUGAGACAUGACAGCCAAUAUUGUAUUUUACACUUGCUUGCGGGGGUUGUUUUCUCUUUCAACCAAAAAGAUAUUUUGAAUAGUUAAAAGUUUCACUUGCCUUUGCAAGUUUUGGACUCUAUGUCGUGAUCACACAGUUACACACACAAUAUAACACAAACAAGAACAGAAAACAAACAAAUAAACAAACAAAAGGAGCUGGGGGAAGCAGAACAAAACAAGUAGAGGCGUAUCAAAGAACUCAAGCUGUAACCAAAAAGAAAUCCCAUUGCCUUUGCUCUCUUCUCUACGCUGGACCAAAGCUCAGUAUAUGUAGAAAUAUGCACAUUGUGUAGAUAUGGCUAAAUGUUGCUGACAAUCUUGCAAUACUAAACUGUUCCUAUUUUAAGAAAAAAAAAAAAUCACAAACUGUUCAUCAAUGUUUUACCUCAGCACUCUACUUGUACCCAGUUAAUGAUCAAGCAUUAAAAACAAUGGAGAAAAAGAAAAAUGAUUUUCAUUUCCAUGUCUGACUGUAAAAUCUGUUUGGAUGGUAUUUUGUAACGAGCUUUUUGUCAUGUGACUUGCUUGUCUUCAACUUGAAAUUCCGUGAGGCACAUUGGCUUAUUUGUUGUUGAAAGGUGAAUUUUUUUUUUAAUUCUAUUUUUAAUUCAUUAUUUCGUCCUCUGUGCUGUGAUCUAGACUGGUCACCAGGGUCACUGAAUGAGGCGCGGCAAAGAAAUCUGCUUCUCCAUGCCUGGAGAAGGCAGCAGGAGAGAGGGCAGGAAAAUAGACUGGGUUGUUCUGGAAAACAAACAAACAAACAAACAAAAUCAUCAUGGCGAGACAUUGACAUGAUAGACUUGUGACCAAGAAGCCAAACUGGAUAUUGAAAAGCUCCUUACUUGUUCUAACAUUGAAACCAAAGCUGACUUAUCUGCACAGGUUGCUUAAUGUUUAAAAAUAAAAAUAAAAACUGUACUUAAUCUAGAGCAAUAUCUGUAUGGUCCGUAAAGCUGCACUUUGUGUAUUUCUUAACAGCUUCAGAUCUGUCACCUUUAAUUUGUACCAUGAAAAAUAAAGA